CGCCUAACGGAAUCGCAAGGUUAAAAGUGAGUAGGAGUUGGACCAGUUCUUAACGCCAUGUUGUCCAGAUCGUUCUUUGUCGUUUUUGGAUUUCUUCUUUUACUACAUGAAAUCCACACUGAAGAAACGGAUAAAAAUCAUACAUAUUCGCCUGCAAAUUUUAGCAUCGCAGAAGAUUUUGAAAAACAACUUGAAUUUCUCAACACUACCGUUGCAAACUUGGCAUUAGAAACAUUAAACUGCACUUUCACAAUUGAGGACAAUGGCCAACUAACAACUGUUGUAGACAAGACAAGAGAAGAGAUUGAAAGCGAAGGGAAGAAAAUACUUGAAGAGAAUUGUACAGCUGAGGUGGAACUUGAGAGAAGACUCAGUUACGGUGCACUGGCAAGUCUUACAAGCGUUUAAAUAUAAUCUUUAAAAAGCCUUAUUAUGCAAUUGUCAAUUCAUUAACUAUUAUUUGUAGUUAGUUUUCAAUACGCUAGGUAAUUUCUCAAUUCUUUAAACAGGUAAAUAAAUUUAUUUGCGAAAAGUGAA